GUAAAUAAUUAAAACGCAGCAGUGAAUUUAAGUAACGAAAUAAAUUAAAUAUAAAAAUUAAGCUCUUAAUUUAGUUGAUUGUGAACAAGAAUGGGUGAUGCAGAAGCGAUGCGACCAACCGUUACUGGACCCCGCCCUCCAUUUCCCAGUGCAGGCAUGCCGCCACCUCGUCCGAUGGCCGGGCCACCACGCGCUCCUAUGAAUAUGGGCGGAGUGCCCGGCGGUCCUCCGCCAAGACCAAUGCCACCACCUUUGCGUAACACAGACAGCAGAGGAAAUCUACUGAUGGGUCCAGGGGGUCCAGGUGGCGGGCAGCGUCCUCCGCCGCCACCAUUACAAAAUGUGCAAAUGCGUCCGUUUGUCGGAAAUGGUGGUCCAAUGAGCCCACCAGGGCAAGGCCAACCGCGUCCACCUGGUGCAUAUCCAUGGUCUGCCACAACACCGGGUCAACAAAUGCCAGGUAAUCGUCCACAAAAUCCCUAUCCUGGUAAUCCUCCUGCGCGCCCGCCAUUUGUACGUCCACCUGGCGCUCCACAAGUGGGCGCACAACCACCGCAACGUCCACCUUACCAACAACAACAACAACUUCUACAGCCGCUGCCGCAGCAGUUGCAACACCAACAGCAGCCGCAUCAGCAACAACGUCAACAAUCGCCCCCACAACAAAUACAACAACAGUUACCACCACGUCCACCUUCAGCUGGUUCGAAUUACAACGAAGAUGACGACGAUGUGGUAAUGGGUCAAGCGAUAACACCGCGUAAAACAUUGGGUGUAAACGAAGAUCCUAUGGGACCAGCGCUGACGGUAGAUAAAUCGGAUUCGUUCAAAGACGCAUUUGGUAUGGGCGAGACGCUCCCGUCCAUAGCUGAGGUGAAUGCGAAUGGCGUGAAAUCAUUGUCGGACAUACAUGAAAUAUUACGCAGCGGCGAAGGGAAUGAGAAGAAGCAGAAAAGUGGUGUUCCCAAAGGUGACAAUGACAGUGGCGUUGAUGAGUCAACUCAGGAGAAGGAGCGCAACGGACCCGGAUCACCCAGCUCCCCGGCCAAGACACCAACAUCUACUACUUCGAAGGGAGACAAAGGAGGCGCAUCUCGUCCACCCAGUGCAACACCAUCGAACAAAUCGUCCAAAUCACGUUCCACAUCCAGAAAUCGCUUGCUGUUGAAGACUCCCGAACCGGAGCCAGUAAAAAAAGUACCAAUGAACAAAAUUCAAGUCGGUCACGCUCCUUCACCCAAUCUUAAGGCCGUGCGCUCCAAAAUUGGGUCGCUGGACAAUGCUAGUUACAAGCCGGGUGGCGGUAAUGUCAAAAUUGAGAGCAAGAAAAUCGAAAUAAAAGCAGCACCCAGAAUUGAGGCAAAAAAUGACAAGUACACGCCACGUGGUGGCGAAAAGAAGAUAAUUUCGACAAAGUUACAAUGGAACGCCAAGUCGAAAAUUGGCUCCUUGGAGAAUGCCAAUCAUAAGCCGGGCGGUGGUGAUAAGAAGAUUGAAACAAUUAAAACGGACUUUAAAGAUAAGGCUAAGCCGAAAGUCGGUUCAAAGGAUAAUGUCAAACAUACUCCGGGCGGUGGUGAUAUUAAGAAAUCGCAAAUCUUGAAGGAAAACGCACCCGCCAAGGAUAUACAAACUCAAAAGGUAGAACUUAAGGCACAAAGCAAAGUGGGCUCUUUGGAUAACAUUAAGCACAAGCCCGGUGGUGGGGAGAGGAAAAUUUUUGAUGAUAAGGACUAUCUGAAAAAUGUUGAACAUACAGUUGCACUGACACCACCGACACAGUUCCCGCAGGGGCGCCUUAUUGCCACCAUCCACCUAGAAUUUGGCCUUUGUAAUUCAGACUGUGUGUGUAAUGAAAUAUUUCAAUCGCUAUUUAAAUGAAUUUACUAUAAAUGUGCUUUGCCAAAUGAACAACAACAGCAACAAAAAAAAAAUAUAUAUAUAUACAUAUAUUUACAUAUAUUCAUAACAAAUUAAGUAAAACUAAAAAUGCGAAAAAGCAAAAUACUAAAAGCAAACAAAAAAAUUGACGAAAUUUAAGCAAUCAAACACGCCAAAGGAAAAAAGCGAAUAACUAAAAACGGCACUUAAUUUUGUGCAAUCAGCAAAUUUCGAUUUUGUACCUUCAAAAACUAAUUCACAAGAACGCUUAGCUCAGUAGCUUAACUACAACAAUAACAACAAAAAAUAAGUAUAUAUUAGGGUUUAUAAAAAAUCAUACAUAUAACCUUAUUAUUAAAUCAAACAUUUUUGAAACACUUAAUACGUUGAGUGCUGGCUAUCCUGUUAUUAAAUCAGAAGGAAAACAUUUUUUUUAAUAAAAUUAACCCUUUGAAGCCGGCUACCAUAUAAUUACAUUAAAAACCAUUUCAAAUAAAAUUAUCAGAUUUAACGCCGGCUGUGCUGUUAUUAAAAAAAUUAACACUUUGAGUGCCAGCUGUCCUCCUAUUAAAUCAAGAAAACAUUUGAAACCAAAUAAAAAAAUUGAUUAUAUUACGUUGGCGCGUAUACAGGGUUGGCAUGUAUGCCACACGUACGUAUUGCGCCCAAUAAUAGAAACACAGUAAAAUAAUAAUGAAAAUGGCUUUAUUAUAUUCCAAAUUACUAUCCUUGGAAGUCAAUACACGUCUAUUGCCACUUAAUCUAAUUUCCAAAGCACUUGUGCCACUCAGAAGUGGAUACCUCCAAAACGAGCUGUUUAAAGGCUUCAACAGAUUGCUCAGAUGUUGAAAAACUUUGAUCCCGCAUUUUAUUUUUGAUGUUCGGGAACAAAAAGAAAAUUAUGAGGUGUCAAAUCCAGACCGCGGAUAUAAAGCGGAUGACCCAUUCGAUAUUUUGAGUGCUCAAAAACUCUCUUGUGAUUCAUCUUCGGCGGUUGGUUGUCCUCAAUUCUCCGAAAACUUCUGGCAAACAAAUGGUUGUAUGGCACUCAGAAGUUACUGUUUUAAGUGCCUCUAGUGGUAUGGAUGUGACAUGGCCAUCUUAGAACAUCCGUAAUAUCGAUUGUUGUUUUGUUUCUAAUAGUCCCACUAGGAUGCCUCUAGUUCUUUAUACUCGUAUGUCACUUGACGAUUUUGCGUUAUCAAUUGACGCACAGCAUUUCUGGCACAACUGUUUAUGUGCGGCCUUCACGAAAUGCAUCAUGUAAUGAAGGACGGUCAUGUUGGAACCCUUUGUAGCAGAGUUUCACAGUGACUAAGAGUGGUGCUUCAACGCCAAAUGUGGAAAUAAGUUGAUCAAUGCACACCUGCCUUGUUAAUUUACGUUAAAAAUCGUUAACGAAAAUGUUCAUGAGUUAAUUCCAUCUUUUGGGCUAGAUGAAUUUCAUGAACUCACUGAAAAAAGAACAAAUAAUACUUGGAUGUGAAAACAUUAUAUGUGAGUUUAUGCUAAAAAUAGCAAAACUUCCUAUAAAAAUAUAGAAUUACAGCUCAUCACAAAAGCCAACCCUCGUAUAACUCAAUUCAAAAGACAUUUUUUAUCUGCAUAUUUUAGAAAUCUAUAGUAAAAAACUUGUAUAUGCACUUUUUACACCAAGAAAAAGCUUAACUUUAUUAUUACUGAAAACUGUUUCCCGAUAUGUACGAACAAUAACAACAAUAACAACUGGGUUAUGCAAGCAUCAUGUAUAUGACAGCACUCAACGUGUUAAUUACGACUCACAAACCAUAAGAACACAAAUCUCAAGCACACAGCCUUGACUUAGGUCGUUUCUAAGCAAGCUUAUAUAGUUUCUAGUUCAUAACACACAAAAUGAAAACGGUGAACACAAACGCAAAAUGAUAUUGUACAAAGAAGGAUAAAGAGAGCUAUUUUAUGCCAAAUAAGAAUUUAUUACAUACUCGUACACAUUCAUACAUAUAACAUUGACAAUAUUUUAUUUGUUUGUUUGACUAUAAACUGUAAAAAACUAUGUACUUACAUGCCUACACUUGAAAUGCUAUAUACAAUCCUACAAUUUGAAGAGAUGCACUUAUUGCUACACACCUAGUGCUCAAGUAUACCAAUACACACAUAUUUUUUAAGGGUGCAUAAUCAAAGUUACAGAUUUAAUUUGUAGCCUAGCGAAUUUCAUCAGAUGCAUAUGUUAAUAAUAUUUAUAAAUGUUUCUACGAACACUUGUUACAGUGGCAAGAUUAUCACCAUAAUUAAGCAAAACAAAAAAAGAUUCAAAAAAUUUACAAAAAUUACAAAAAAAUAGGAGAUUAAUACAAAAAAAAUGGGAGAAUAGUGCCAUAGUGAAAGGCGAUUAACUCUCCUUAAUAUUAAAUUAUAUAGAUAAGUUAUGUAGAAUGUAAUUUGUAGGUAUUAAAUAUUUAAGAGUUCUGAUCAGUAAGAAGUGUAAUUUAAACACUCGAGAAUUUAAACACAAUUUUAUUAACGGUUUAAGAAACCGGGUAUUGUGUAGAAAUCUCUAGGUACGACCAUUUUUAGACCAAUGACCAGUUAAACGUGUUUUUACCUAAUUAUUUACUAAUUUUUAAUUCUUUAAUUUUGAUCUAAAAUUAACAAAUUUUAGCAUGCACGUUUUUAAUCGUAUUAAGUUUAAUAAACAUGUAUGUAAAUAUAGUAUAUGUAUGUGUGUUAGUGCCUUAAUUGCUAGCUACUUAUAGUUAAAAUGGUUUCUUAUAUACAUAUACAUACAUAUGUACACAUACGCUCCACUCGGGGCUAACGGCUAUUAUAUAUGGUAUAUAUUAUAUUAUAUAUAUAUACAUAUACUACCGACUAGAAUUUAAAUUUACAUUCUGUGGCCAAUUUCAUGACGAAAGAUACUCAAAAGUUGGCGUCCAGAUCGAAAGUCCUAGAAAUGGCAGCCAUUUUUAUUUGUUUCAUGCAUCACUAAGAAGGUGUAAUUAAAAAAGGAUAUAUCUUUUGAUGUCUCAUGCUUUCGAAAAUAAAUUCAUUCAAAACCGAAUAAAAUUAUAUAUCCGAACGCUCAAAAUUGUUUUGUUCAUGAGAUACUUAAAACGAGCGAGCAAAUUGAAACAAAAUUUUUCUGCUUUUGCGGUGUAUUGAAAAGUUUUAAGUGCUUACCUGCAACUAUCAUUGAUAUUUAUUUACUGUCGGUUAUUUAACCUUAAGCACAGCCUCAGAUUUUAACUUUAUGUUUACUAUUUUAGGAUCUAUUGGCGUCUAGAUCCUUUCUUGUUUAGCCGAGCUCCUCCUACCAUUUGGGUUGUGCGUCUUGAGAUUGCUCUACAGUUUUAUGGCGCCUCCGCACCUUUUCUAUCAUAUGUUUUUUCAUACUUUGAUUAGGUUUGAAACCCGUGCUCAACAGAAUGGUAGUCGCGCACAAACCCAUUUGAUUACGGCGGCCGGUUUCUUCCUAUAGCCAAAAAUUACUCAAAAUCAAAAGGUUGAGGUAAGGCCAUCCAACUGAAGUCUCUGAGAUAUUUGUAGUCAAAAUGGCAUCGGAUUUGUAAAGAAUGGCCCCAAAAACCCUGAAAAAUUAGCUAAGCUCAUAAUAAUUUGCAAUUUGAUCGUAAAUUCUGGGCCCUAUUAUAUUUUUCGGAAUUUGUAUACUUGAUUAUUAUAGCGUAAGAUUCAAGCUUUAAUUUGAGUAUAGGUUCAAGUCUCUAGUGUAUCAAGUUUAAAAAAUAAUAGUUGUAAAAAAUACGGGUUACUUUUAAUCCCCAGAAACGAGUUUAGCGCAGAAUAAUACAUCCGAAACCAGUCUCAUAAAAAAAUGUAAACCUUUGUAAUAGGUGAUUCAAAAAUUAUCCGCAAGAUAGGAUGUUUGCUCACUAGUGGCACCAUAUGCAACCCUUCAUACUCACAAAGGACAGACGUUCAUUUGCAAUUCAAAGGAUUAUUGCAUUACUUCAUGUUUCCAUGAAAUCUUUACAACUGAUCAGAUACCACGUAUUAGUGCAAACAAUGCACUUCCCGCAGUGAAUCGAAGUUGAAGGCGCCUAUGGUAGAUCUGUUGGUCAAAAAGGACAUGACAACAGUUUCAGGGCAACUCCAUUAGGUUAGGUUAGGAUAAAUGGCUGCUCUUGCGAGGGGCCCACUUGGACAAAUAUUCAAAAUUCGUCCGUCGUGAUAGCAUACAGGAGAAGGAAUAGAAGGAAGAAGAGGCUUUGGAAUUAGAGCAUGAUGACCAACAGUGACUAUUUACGUUCACUUUAGGCGCUUCAAGCUACUGAUGAUUUUCACCAGAUGUGUGACAUUUAAGCCCGUAAUAUCCGCAGGUGUAGCGAAAAACUGGGAGCCCAGCUGUCUAAAUCUUUGCCCGACGAGACUAGGGUAGCUGAGAUGAUUCCACCUCGUCCUCCAUACAGCUUCUGCUGAAAGGACAUGAAUCAAUCCCAAGUCCUCAAUCCCAAGAAUACCUACCAAAUUCGAGAGCUGUAGCUCUUUAGGCUUCCCUUUUCUCCGUUGCUUGUAACUGUUUUAGUUUUUAGUCUAUAGUGAACAAAAAAAUUGAGACGAAUGAAAACACAAAGUGAGUUGCUCGAGCAUGAGAGAGCCAGUACUGCUUUUCUUCCUUCGUCUCCCCCUUUUCUUUAAGGGGGGGGUAACGUUAAUUCAUGGAAAAAAGGCACAUUUUUAUGAUUUUUUUUUGAUGACACAGUUAAAAUUUAUUCGUCAAAUCUUUUACUACAUAAAACUAUAGCAUUUGAAGUAUAUUUUGUGAAAUUUUCAUCCAAAAAUAUUUAAAAAUACGGCAAUGGCAGAAAUUAUUCGGACGCAUCUCAAAAAAAAAGUAGUUUUGCGGUGCCCCUCAUAACUGGGUGUUAAAUCAUCUGAAAUCAAAAAACCAAAGUUAUUUCGUUAGAUAAUCGAGUAACGCCGAGAGGGUUUUUUGAAAUUAAAAUUUUUUCGAUUUUUGGGAACACGUUAAAGUCAAAAACACGAUUUUCGCGUAAAAAACCGGUGAAUUAGUUACCGUAAAAACAAAAGUAUCAACAAAUUCGAAAAAAAACUCUUCGGCGUUACCUUGUAAAACAUCUACAGAAAAAGUGUUCAAAAUUUCAAAAGAAUCGGUGAAGUAGUUUCAAAGUUAUGAGGGGCACCGACUUUGAAAACGUAAGUUGUGGGAAAAACGCUUUAAAGUACAAAUGGCGCGCGGUUGAGCCAGGUAGAUAGCAACACUGACAUGGCUGUAUCUUUGUAAGUUUUGCUCCGAUUCAUCUGAAAUUUUCACAGAAUAUUUUUGAAAGGUUCUUCAUUUAAAAAAAUCAAAUAAAAAAAAAUUCAAAAAAAAAAAUUUAAAAACGUUAACCCCCCCCCCCCCCCCCCCCCCCCUUAAGUUUCGAAUUGCUUGAACACAUAUUGCCCUGUGUGAACGCGGUCUAUGAAACUCUCAGGGAGUACGUCUUAGCAAUUAAUGACAAAAAUAAGAAACAAAUCUGAGAGGGAAGCAGUUUUAAAAAAUGCCCAACAAAAUUUUUUUACACAAAAAUGUUUACAAAAAAUGUUUGAUAUUGUUCCAAAAACACUUUUUUUAAAAAGUAUA